UGACUCCUCUCGGAGGAGACUCCGGGACCCUGGGGAGUAACAGGUGUCUGGAGGCUAAAGGGUGGAGGGGUUCCAGGACUUAGAGUUCUCUUGUAAAACUCCCCUCCACCCUCCUCUCUCACACCCACCCAUCCCCUCACCCCCUUCUUUUUCCGUCCUUGGAAAAUGGUGUCCAAGCUCACGUCGCUCCAACAAGAACUCUUGAGCGCAUUGCUGAGCUCUGGAGUCACCAAGGAAGUACUGGUCCAGGCCUUAGAGGAGUUACUGCCGUCCCCGAACUUCGGGGUGAAACUGGAGACGCUGCCUCUGUCCCCCGGGAGCGGGACGGAUCUCGACACCAAACCGGUUUUCCAUACUCUCACCAAUGGCCACGCCAAGGGCCGCUUGUCUGGGGACGAGUGCUCGGAGGACGGGGACGACUAUGACACUCCUCCCAUCCUCAAGGAACUGCAGGCACUCAACACCGAAGAGGCCGCGGAGCAGCGGGCCGAGGUGGACCGGAUGCUCAGUGAGGACCCUUGGAGAGCUGCCAAGAUGAUCAAGGGCUACAUGCAGCAACACAACAUCCCCCAGAGGGAGGUGGUUGAUGUCACAGGCCUGAACCAAUCCCACCUCUCGCAGCACCUCAACAAGGGCACCCCCAUGAAGACCCAGAAGCGAGCUGCCCUAUACACCUGGUACGUCAGAAAGCAACGGGAGAUCCUUCGACAGUUCAACCAGACAGUCCAGAGCUCUGGAAAUAUGACAGACAAAAGCAGUCAGGAUCAGCUGCUGUUUCUCUUUCCAGAGUUCAGUCAACAGAACCAGGGGCCUGGGCAGUCCGAGGACGCCUGCUCUGAGCCCGCCAACAAGAAGAUGCGCCGUAACCGGUUCAAAUGGGGGCCCGCAUCCCAGCAAAUUUUGUACCAGGCCUACGACCGGCAAAAGAAUCCCAGCAAGGAGGAGAGGGAGGCCUUAGUGGAGGAAUGUAACAGGGCAGAAUGUUUGCAACGAGGGGUCUCCCCGUCCAAAGCCCAUGGCCUAGGCUCCAACUUGGUCACAGAGGUCCGUGUCUACAACUGGUUUGCAAACCGCCGGAAGGAAGAAGCAUUCCGGCAGAAGCUGGCCAUGGACGCCUAUAGUUCCAACCAGACGCACAACCUGAACCCCCUGCUCACUCACAGCUCCCCUCACCACCAGCCCAGCUCCUCUCCUCCCAACAAGCUGUCAGGAGUGCGCUACAGCCAGCAGGGAAACAAUGAGGUCACUUCCUCUUCAACCAUCAGUCACCAUGGCAACAGUGCCAUGGUGACCAGCCAGUCGGUUUUACAGCAAGUCUCCCCCGGCAGCCUGGACCCAGGCCACAGUCUCCUCUCACCUGAUGGUAAAAUGCAGAUCACUGUCUCAGGAGGAGGACUGCCCCCCGUCAGCACCUUGACGAAUAUCCACAGCCUCUCCCAUCACAAUCCCCAGCAAUCUCAGAACCUCAUCAUGACCCCUUUGUCUGGAGUCAUGGCCAUUGCACAGAGCCUCAACACCUCCCAAGCCCAGAGUGUUCCCGUCAUCAACAGUGUGGCCAGCAGCCUGGCAGCCCUCCAACCUGUUCAGUUCUCCCAACAGCUGCACAGCCCUCACCAGCAGCCCCUCAUGCAGCAGAGCCCAGGCAGCCACAUGGCCCAGCAGCCCUUCAUGGCUGCAGUGACUCAGCUACAGAACUCACACAUGUACGCCCAUAAACAGGAACCCCCUCAGUAUUCCCACACCUCACGGUUUCCAUCUGCAAUGGUGGUCACAGAUACGAGUAGCAUCAAUACCCUCACCAGCAUGUCUUCCAGUAAACAGUGUCCACUGCAAGCCUGGUGAUGUCUAUGUAACCACCCACUUCGUGUGCAGCGGCAAGGAUGCCAUUUUCCACACCAUCAAGUCUCGCUGGGCAGCUGUCAUAGAAAAGCUCAGUGACCCGACAAGCACCCGGGAGCCCAGGAGAGGUUCCCGCUUACCUGACACCCUACAGACACCUUGAACAACCUGCUCUCUCGGGGUGCAGCCUGAAGCCCUGCUUCCCUUCUCCGCAGUAUUGUCUUGCCACCUCCCGAGUGCUCGUUUCUCCCAGAGUCAGCUGGUGCACCACGGUGCAACAGGAAGCGAGAAAGCCGUGGAGUCUACGCUGCAGUCCGUCGAACAAACUGAUGCAAAAACUUGAAUCUGUUACUGAAAUGACGAGGAGGACCGAGGAGGAUGUGUGCUAUUGAACUGAGCCAGACCCUGUAAAUACUGACAGAUUCCCUCCCCCAUCCCAGAUGAUCUCGAGAUUUCUUCUAAAGAAGUAAAUUUGUCCAAUGCGUGUAAACUAUAAACUAUUGUAAUUAAGUGCAAUUUCCCUUCCAGGUAUCUCCCCCACCCUGUAUAUAAUACUAAAGUGUCUAUCACUUUUCUUUGUAAAGGUCAGAAUUGGAAUUCCAAGAGUAACUUGUUCCCUUCCCCCUCCCCAUGGAAAAACACCCGCAGUGGGAAAUGAAUCUCUUCACCACCCCUCUGGCCACGGGAUGGCAUACUGUGGAUAGACUGCCAGCUUGCUCUGCUUCUGCUGAUGUUAAGACACACCUCUGGAUCUCUAGGGAGUGAGACAUUAGUGGCAGCCUGAUGCCCUAGCUUCCUGCGGGCCUGGGGCUCGGCCAGUGGAUCCUCCAAGAAAUCCCAGGACAGGGACGCCGUCUGGCUGACAGCCAUCUCAGGAAGCCUCCCAUUAAAGCAAUUUAUUUUGUC